CUCCUCUCACACGUGUGCUGAUCGUCAGCCUUACAUGACAACCACGUUUUCUUGAACUAUAUUCUCUCCUGCCCCUCGACUGUCGCUGCUUCUUCUCUCUGUAGUUUCUAAUUAUUUUCUACCAUCAUACCUUGCGUCUUGGCAUCUAUAUGGCUCUGUAUAGACGCUUAUCCCCGACCGGUGUCGGUGGUAUAGACCCCGACGCUGACAGCGACAACGAGGAUAGACGUUCGCAAGCACCCAAGACGACGCGACGACUUCAGACCUCCGCGGAGAUUCCUCCCUGGUAUGGCCACAACAGCUUUAUCCGUACCGGCUAUCGCCCUAUUACCGGUUCCGUUAAGCUAUGUUUUGAGAGUCUGGGAUAUGUUCACAAUGAAACUGCCAACAUAUACACUCACUUGGUGCCCGCGGUGAUUGCUGUUGUAGGCAACUAUGGCCUAUAUGUAUACUUCAGCUCUCACUACCCUAAUGCGUCAUGGAGAGAUCAGUUGGUGUUUCACAUAUACUUAUCGACGUCUGUUAUCUGCUUCGGAAUCUCGUCCAUGUACCACAUGCUGUUGUGUCAUUCUGAGGCAUAUGCGAGCCUAUGGGCACGGUUCGACUAUGCUACUAUUGUUGUUCAGAUCUUGGGGUCGUUCAUCUCUGGCAUCUACAUAGGCUUUUACUGCGAGCCUCACUUACAGAAACUCUAUUGGACGAUGAUAGGUUCACUGGGAUUGCUCACUGGUAUCGUAGUUGUGAAUCCCAAAUUUCAGAGUCCCAAGUGGCGGACGUUACGAGUCUCUACCUUUGUUGCUACUGGCCUCUCUGCUUUUGCACCCAUCAUACAUGCCGCUACUAUCUUUCCGUAUGCUCAGCUUGAUAAGCAAGCUGGUCUUCGCUACUAUUAUCUUGAAGGCGUUGCAAUGUUAACGGGAGUAUUCUUUUACAUUACUCACUUCCCAGAGUCUCGAAAGCCCGAGAAAUACGACAUUUGGGGCGCUUCUCAUCAGAUAUUCCAUAGUUUCGUGGUGCUCGGAGCUGUCAUACAUUUCUACGGCAUUUUAAACGCGUUCGAUUGGAACUAUAAUAACCCACGUUGUGUCUGA